AAUUAGGGAAAGGUAAUAGCGUCAGCGUUCGUGCGGGGAAAAUCGUACAUGUUGGCUAAACCAGUGGCCACAGCCGUGCACCAGUCGGUCGAACAGCAGGGAAACAGGCCACGGCGGGUCGCCCCCCACAUCGGCUAGAACACACCACCAUCACCACCAUGGCGGAUCUUACGCGACCGCCCCUGUGUGACAUCAAGCGACCCGAGGAAGUGGUGAAAAUGUCGAUGACGGACAACCUCAAGUUCGCCGUCCUGAUCGGACUGAUCGAGGUGGGCCAGGUGUCAAACCGGGAGGUGGUUAACACGGUGCUGCAUCUGCUCGUCGGCGGUGAGUUCGAUAUGGAACUGAACUUCGUCGUGCAGGACGCCCAAAACGUGAAGCACAUGCUCGAACUGUUGGAUCACUGCCCGGCAAACCUGCAGGCGGAAGUGUGGAGCGUGUUUAUAGCGAUCCUGAAGAAGAGCGUCCGCAACCUGCAGGCGUGCACCGAAAUCGGUCUGAUCGAACAUGUGCUGGCACGUUUGCAGCAAGCCGAACCGAUCGUUGCCGAUCUACUCAUCGAAAUGCUUGGUGUUCUCGCCAGCUAUAGUAUUACGGUGAAGGAGCUAAAGCUACUGUUCGGUGCGAUGAAGGCGGUCAACGGGAAAUGGCCGCGCCAUUCGGCCAAGUUGCUUAAUGUGUUGAAACAGAUGCCGCAUCGGAACGGACCGGACGUGUUUUUCAGCUUUCCCGGCCGUAAGGGUUCGGCUGUAGUACUACCACCGUUGGCAAAAUGGCCGUACGAGAACGGAUUUACCUUCAGCACCUGGUUCCGGCUGGAUCCGAUCAACUCCGUUAACAUCGAGCGUGAAAAGCCCUACCUAUACUGUUUUAAAACGUCCAAAGGUGUCGGAUACACAGCACACUUCGUGGGCAACUGCCUGGUACUAACGUCCAUGAAGGUGAAGGGCAAGGGUUUCCAGCACUGCGUGAAGUACGAGUUUCAGCCGCGCAAGUGGUACAUGAUUGCCAUUGUAUAUAUCUACAACCGGUGGACGAAGAGUGAGAUCAAGUGCCUGGUGAAUGGCCAGCUAGCGUCGAGCACGGAAAUGGCCUGGCUAGUGUCAACGAACGAUCCGUUCGAUAAGUGCUACGUUGGUGCCACGCCGGAACUGGACGAGGAGCGUGUAUUCUGCGGACAGAUGGCCGCCAUCUAUCUAUUCUCGGAGGCGCUUACCACGCAGCAAAUUUGCGCCAUGCAUCGACUCGGCCCUGGCUACAAGUCCCAGUUCCGCUUCGACAACGAGUGCUAUCUGAAUCUGCCGGAUAACCAUAAGCGGGUGAGUGAGGCGAAAGCCAUCAUUUCGUCGCUUUCUCCAACGCCACUGGCUCCGACCGAGUCCACUAUCCAUAGAAAUCUAGUUAGUGGCAGCACUGUUGCUGCUACCGCUGCUGCCGCUGCUGCUACUACUGCUGCUACCGGUGCCGCUGCUGCCGACCACCACCACCACCCGUCCUCGUUUUCCUCAUCCCCGAUUGCGGCUUCGGCCAGUUCCGGUGUUGCGCUUGCUUCCGCUGCCCCGGGCUCCGGUGGCGAAUCGUUUGAUUUAGUAUCCGUGCUGUACGAUGGGAAGCUGUCGAGUGCUAUCGUUUUCAUGUACAAUCCGGUCGCAACGGACGGCCAGCUGUGCUUACAAUCGGCUCCCAAGGGCAAUCUGUCGUACUUUGUACACACACCGCAUUCGCUUAUGCUUCAGGACGUAAAGGCUGUUGUGACUCAUUCCAUCCACUGUACGCUGAACUCAAUCGGCGGUAUACAGGUGCUGUUUCCACUAUUUUCCCAGCUCGACAUGCCUUACGAAGGCACCGACGUACGAAAGGAUCCAACACUAUGCGCCAAGCUGCUUGGAUUUAUUUGUGAGCUGGUAGAAAGCUCACAAACGGUACAGCAGCACAUGAUACAGAAUCGAGGAUUUUUGGUGAUAUCCUUUAUGCUGCAACGUUCCUCCCGCGAUCACCUAUCGUUAGAUGUGCUGGGAUCGUUUCUGAGUCUUACCAAGUAUCUGGUGACUUGCCUGUCCGCCAACUCGGAUCUCUUGCUCAAACAGCUCUUCUGUUUCUCUUUCCUCACCUGGCAGCUGCUAGAUCACGUGCUGUUCAAUCCGUCGCUGUGGAUCUACACACCGGCCACGGUACAGGCUCGCCUGUACGCGUAUCUCGCGACAGAAUUUCUCAGCGACACCCAAAUCUACAGCAAUGUUCGACGCGUCAGCACGGUCCUGCAGACGGUACACACGCUCAAGUUCUACUACUGGGUGGUGAAUCCGCGCGCGAAGAGUGGCAUUACACCGAAGGGUCUCGAUGGGCCACGACCUGCCCAGAAGGACAUCCUGGCGAUCCGUGCGUACAUACUGCUGUUUCUCAAGCAGCUGAUCAUGAUCGGUAACGGGGUGAAGGAUGACGAGCUGCAGAGCAUCCUCAACUACCUGAUGACGAUGCACGAGGACGAAAAUCUGCACGACGUGCUGCAAAUGCUGAUUUCGCUCAUGUCCGAGCAUCCGAGUUCGAUGGUGCCGGCGUUCGAUGUGAAGCACGGUGUGCGUACGAUCUUCAAACUGCUCGCUGCGGAAAGCCAACUGAUCCGGCUACAGGCACUGAAGCUGCUCGGAUUCUUCCUGUCACGCAGCACGCACAAGCGAAAGUACGACGUUAUGUCACCGCACAAUCUGUACACGCUGCUCGCCGAACGGUUGCUGCUGUACGAGGAAUCCGUUUCGCUGCCAACGUACAAUGUGCUGUACGAGAUCAUGACCGAGCACAUUUCGCAGCAGAUUCUGUAUGCGAAGCACCCGGAACCGGAAAGUCACUACCGGUUGGAGAAUCCGAUGAUACUGAAGGUGGUGGCGACGCUCAUACGCCAGUCGAAGCAGUCCGAGCAGCUCAUCGAGGUGAAGAAGCUGUUCCUGUCCGACAUGACGCUGCUGUGCAACAAUAAUCGCGAAAAUCGACGCACCGUACUGCAGAUGAGCGUAUGGCAGGAGUGGUUAAUCGCGAUGGCGUACAUACAUCCGAAAAGCUCGGAAGAGCAGAAACUGUCCGAUAUGGUGUACUCGCUGUUCCGGAUGUUGUUGCACCAUGCAAUCAAGUACGAGUACGGUGGGUGGCGCGUGUGGGUCGAUACGCUCGCGAUCGUGCACUCGAAGGUGUCGUACGAAGAGUUUAAGCUCCAAUUCGCCCAAAUGUACGAACACUACGAAAAGCAUCGUACGGAUAACAUUACCGAUCCUGCCCUUCGCCAGCAGCGCCCGAUAAGCACGAUCAGUGGCUGGGAGCAUGGUGCAAACGGGAGCAAUGGAAGUGGGGGCGGCGGGAAGGAAGGUGAGCUAGAUAUGCACGGCAAGUGUGUGAAGCAGUUAGCGCCGGGUCCUGGUGUGUCGCCACCCGGUUGCGUUUGCGAACCGGAAACGGGUGAAACGAUGGUCGACACUAGCGUAAUGAUGGCAAAGCAGCAAGCGAUCGGGUUUCAAGGCUGUCAAUCGGGCACGCCUGCAAGCGGGCCCAACAAUAAUGGAUACACACGAUCCGCCGGGGAGACGGAUCUAAUAGCCGAGGAGGAUGAGGAGGAGGCACAGAACGCGGCUGUCGCUGACGAAGAUGCCGAAGAUGUGUUGGACGAGGAAGAGGAGGAGGAGGAGGAAGAAGAAGAUGAGGAAGACGACGAGCAGGAAGGUGAUGGAGAAAGGAGUGGGUUUGCUGCGGUACAUCAACCCGUUGGCGUUGCAAAUCACGCCAAUGCGGCCACAACCUCCGAAAGUGUGGUUAAAACAAUCGUCGAUGAAAUUAUCGAUAAAUCGGCAAGUAUGUUGGAAGAGAACGAAAACGCAGCUGGCGUGGAUGAACGCCACCCGAAAGAAGCACCAGCAGAACCGACAUCCUCGCCAGUAAUUAAGGAUGAAGAGAUCGAGCUGGCUGUAAAUGAGGUGGUCAAGAUGAACCAGAACGCGCUGAAACCGGUAGAAGGGGAGGACGUGAGUGGGGAGAGCGGUGGUGAUUCGGUUGUUGAUCUGGCGACGCGUGGUAGUGUGGAACCGGUCGGCAGCACACCGUCGGUAUCAUCCACCGUCAGCAGUUCACCGUCGGUUGCCUGUGUCAGUGAUAGAACAAAUGAUAGAACUGUACCGAUGUCACCGGUGCUCCAGAGUGAACCGGAUGCACAGAAGGUGGCUGCUGCCGUCGGCAGCAUCGUAGACGAGAUGCUCGAUCGGUGCUUCCCAAUGGAAGAAGAAGCGGCGGAUCAGUCCGCGUGUCCUGAGCGGCUAGCUUCCGAGAUGCAACAGGUCGUCGAUUCGAUUAUAACUGAUGCAGUUGAGAAGGUGGAAAAGGGUACGGUGGAUGAGGGGCAGGAGGAAGCGACUGAUGGACGGCAGGAAGAUGAUAGUGUGCAGCACCACCAUCACCAUCAUCACCAUCGUCACCAUCCACACCACCACCAUCAUCAUCAUCCGCAUCAUGCGCACGAGGGUAAAGAUCAGCGAAUUUCGGUUGUAUCAGACGCAAUGGAAGGAAUGGCAAUCAAUGACAAACAGCAGCAGCAGCAGCAACAACAACCACACACCGGUGGUAGUUUAAUCGAGGAAGAGGAAGAUGAAGUAGAAGAAGAGGAGGAAGAAGAGGAGGAGGUGGAAGAGGAGGAGGAAGAAGAGGAGGAUGAUGAUGGAGAGGUGCUGGUGGCGGAAACGGAGGAACCACUCGGCGAACCGACUGCCGAUGCUGGUGCGAGUGCCGCCGCCAUUGUCAAACAGAAUAAUAGCAAUAAUAGUACCGCACCAUCGAAACGUGCCGUUAGUGUUUCCACCAACACGCAACAGUAUCUCGAGGCACAAACCCAACCAGGUCAGCAAAAUCAACCGCCAGCCGGCACCGCUCCACCCACAGUACAAUCGAUGAGCUACGAGAGUAGCAGUGCUGGUGGUCCGACCGGCGGCGGUAGCAAGCGUUCCAAAUCUGCCUCGGCACGGCCAAUGUUUUCACCCGGUCCAACCCGUCCACCGUUCCGCAUACCGGAGUUUAAGUGGUCGUACAUCCACCAGCGCCUUCUCUCCGACGUUCUGUUUUCGCUCGAAACCGACAUCCAGGUGUGGCGCAGUCACUCGACCAAGAGCGUACUGGACUUUGUCAACUCGGCAGAAAAUGCCAUCUUUGUGGUGAACACUGUACACCUAAUUUCUCAGCUCGCCGACAAUCUGAUCAUUGCGUGCGGUGGUUUGCUACCACUGCUGGCCAGUGCCACCUCACCCAACUCGGAGUUAGACGUGCUCGAACCGACCCAGGGCAUGCCACUCGAUGUGGCCGUGUCCUUCCUUCAGCGGCUCGUCAACAUGGCGGAUGUGUUGAUUUUUGCCAGCUCGCUUAACUUUAGCGAACUCGAGGCGGAGAAAAACAUGUCGUCGGGCGGUAUACUGCGCCAGUGUUUGCGGUUGGUGUGUACGUGCGCGGUACGCAACUGUCUGGAGUGUAAGGAGCGUACGCGCGGUCUCUACAACGGUAUGUCGCUGAAGGACAUCCCGGGUGGGGUCCAUCUGCAAGCACUGAUUCGUGGUGCGCAGUCGACAUCGAAAACGAUCAUCGAGUCACUGUCCGGACCGAUGAGCCCGGUCAAGGAUCCGGAAAAGCUCCUGCAGGACAUGGACAUCAAUCGGCUGCGGGCGGUCAUCUAUCGCGAUGUGAAACGACUCUUUCAGGAGGAAACGAAACAGGCACAGUUUCUGUCCCUUGCCAUCGUCUACUUCAUCUCGGUGCUGAUGGUGUCGAAGUACCGGGACAUACUGGAGCCGCCGGUUGAGCUGCAGAUACAUCGCAACUCGUCGCCCGUCAUACAUCGGUCGACGCCCACCCAGGAGCCGAGCAAUCGGCCAUUGUUUCCGCAAUGGUCGCACCAUGUCUACCCACAGUUCCUGCCCGGUUCCCAUCCGAACCAUCAACCGACGGUAGUGCAUGGCAGCAGUAACACCAUCACAUCGUCCUCCUCGCAAACUAUCUCAUCCUCGUCCGGUUCGUCGUCGGCUGGCGGCGGGUGCGGCAACUUGCUUAACAACAACAACAACACGAACCUUAUCAACAACAACAAUCCGGCCGGUAUGAACCAUAAAGAUGGCGCCGCUAAUGUGGUGAUCGGUGGCGCCGGUAUCAACGGUGGCACCAUGCCAAUGUACUACGGGCAUGCCGCAUCCGGUGUUGGCACGAACGCCACCACCACGACCACCAACAACACGCUUAACAACAACGGCCAAGGUUUCGGUACUGGCGGUCCUGGCAACUGUAUCUUCACCAGCGAAGUGCUCAACUGCUACUCACCGGGAGCCGCUUCCGCUAUCGUCGGUGGUCACCUGCAGCAUCAUCCACAUCAACAAGCUGUAUCCCAACAGCAGCAACAGUUCACCCAACAACAGCAGCACGGGCUGAACAACAACUCACUGACGGCAAUGAUGAAUGCGGGCGGCCCGAAUGCAUACGGGUCCGGUACACCGAUCGGUGGUGGUGCACUUACCCAGCAGCAACACUUACGAGGCCGUCCUACUGCAACAACUACCACUUCCGGUCUGCACAAUGGUGUCGUCGGUCAUACCGUCGGUGGGAAGCUAUCGAAAGGUACGCAAUCCAUGCAAGAUGGUGAUUAUGAGGUGAUCGUAGUAGACGAAAACAACUCCUCCGUCAUAGCAGACAAUGAUUCACAUUCUAGCGGCCCACUGUCCAUAAAGGCCGUCACCUCUGCAAGCAACUCGCGCCGUACAUCGACGGCCAAACAGCUGGACCACUCGGUAUCGCCGUCCGUCGGUGCCGCUAGCACUAGUGACCUUCGUCUACAGUCCUGCUACCAGCAGCCAAUGCUAUCGUCCGGUCUCACAAACACGACCACUGCCACCGUUACACCGACCGUGACCGCCACCAUUGCCGUAAACGAGCGGCCGGACGUUGUCUACCGGGGGGUGCCACAGGGCCAGGCGAAGAGCGUGGACUCCGAUGGUGGAUCCCUUAAUCUGAACUCGACCGAAAACGACCCGCAGGAGGUAGAAACUUCGAGCGAAAUAAUGGCGGACGACAACAAGCCGACCAACUCGAACGACGAAAGCUGGACUGACGUGAAUCUGAACGACGAUGGUGCAAGCGAACUGAAGCCACCGCAGCGUGCAGAUGGUACUGGCGUCGGUGUUGGUAGCAUCGCGGGCAACAACGGUAGUGGUGGGGCCGGUGGUGAUCGGCUCGGUCCGAUAACGGGUACACUCGGGGGCCGUAUGGAUACUGUUGGUGGGGCGGGUGUCGAUCUCGGUGCCGGUGGUGCCGGUGGGGUAAAACUAGAGUCUGACAUUGCGGUGGUCCGUGUGCCGGAUGGGUAUGGUGGUCAAGUGGUACCGAGCGGUGGUUCGGUACGUGGCCGACCCGAGGACCUGAACCUAAAAGCACCGUUCGUGAGUCAGCUGCCGCUGGCGCUACCGUCGCGGGAAGCAAGUCUUACGCAGAAGCUAGAGAUAGCGCUUGGACCAGUCUGUCCACUGUUGCGCGAAAUUAUGGUUGAUUUCGCACCGUUCCUGUCGAAAACGUUGGUUGGUUCGCACGGUCAGGAGCUGCUGAUGGAGGGCAAAGGAUUGACGACGUUCAAGAACAGUCACUCGGUAGUGGAGUUGGUGAUGCUGCUCUGCUCGCAAGAGUGGCAGAACAGUUUGCAAAAGCAUGCCGGACUAGCGUUUAUUGAGCUGAUCAACGAAGGCCGGCUGUUGUCGCACGCGAUGAAAGAUCAUAUCGUUCGUGUGGCGAAUGAGGCCGAAUUCAUACUGAACCGCAUGCGGGCGGAUGAUGUGCUGAAGCAUGCCGACUUUGAGUCCCAGUGUGCCCAGACGCUGCUUGAGCGGCGCGAGGAGGAACGCAUGUGCGAUCAUCUGAUUACUGCAGCCCGGCGACGCGAUAACGUGAUCGCAAGCCGCCUGCUGGAGAAGGUACGCAACAUUAUGGGCAAUCGGCACGGAGCGUGGGGCGAUAUGAAUGCAAACUAUCAGAAGCAAAUCUUCUGGAAGCUGGACGCGUGGGAGGACGAUGCGAGACGUCGGAAGCGUAUGGUGCAGAAUCCGCGCGGUUCCAGUCAUCCGCAGGCCUCGUUGAAAGCAUCGCUUGAAAACGGUACCGCAGCGUCUGGAUCGACGACAACGGCCGCAGGGACGGCACCGGCAGGAACGGACGAAGCGGCAGUCGGUGCGGAAACGACAGCGCCCGGUGCACGACCGGCUGGUGUCGCACGGGAGGAAAUCUACUCACAGAUUGCCGUGCCACGGUCACAGCAGCCCGAUCUGCUGGACGAUUCGGAGCUGUUAAUAGAGGAUCGCGAGCUGGAUCUCGACCUGACCGGACCGGUAAACAUUAGCACGAAGGCGAAACUGAUUGCGCCCGGGCUGGUCGCACCGGGCACCAUGUCAAUUACCUCCACCGAGAUGUACUUCGAGGUGGACGAAGAGAAUGGCGAGUUCCAGCAGAUCGACCAGGAGGUGCUCAAGUAUUGUGAUCACCUACACGGCAAGUGGUACUUUUCGGAAAUUCGAGCUAUCUUUUCACGCCGGUAUCUGCUGCAGAAUGUGGCACUGGAAAUUUUUCUUGCCAGCCGUACCUCGAUACUGUUCGCCUUUCCCGAUCAGCACACGGUAAAGAAGGUGAUCAAAGCGUUGCCAAGGGUUGGGGUAGGCAUCAAAUACGGUAUACCGCAGACACGCCGUGCCUCGAUGAUGUCACCUCGUCAGCUGAUGCGCAACUCCAACAUGACGCAAAAGUGGCAGAGGCGCGAAAUCUCCAACUUUGAGUAUCUGAUGUUUCUGAACACGAUUGCCGGGCGUACGUACAACGAUCUCAACCAGUACCCGGUGUUCCCGUGGGUGAUCACCAACUAUGAGUCGCGCGAGCUAGACCUCAGCCAACCGUCAAACUAUCGCGAUCUCUCGAAACCGAUCGGUGCGCUGAAUCCGAGCCGUCGCGAAUAUUUCGAGGAGCGGUACGAAACCUGGGACACGCCCGGUAUUCCACCAUUCCACUAUGGUACGCACUACUCAACAGCCGCCUUCGUGCUGAACUGGUUGAUACGCAUCGAACCGUUCACGACGAUGUUCCUAGCGCUUCAGGGUGGUAAGUUUGAUCAUCCGGAUCGACUGUUCUCGUCCGUCGCACUGUCGUGGAAAAACUGUCAGCGUGAUACGUCCGACGUGAAGGAGCUCAUACCGGAGUGGUAUUUCCUGCCGGAGAUGUUCUACAAUGCGUCCGACUAUCGGUUGGGCCAGCGGGACGAUGGCAGCACGGUCGGGGACGUCGAUCUUCCGCCGUGGGCAAAAACACCCGAAGAGUUUGUGCGCAUCAAUCGGAUGGCGCUCGAAUCGGAGUUUGUGUCCUGCCAGUUGCACCAGUGGAUCGAUCUUAUCUUCGGCUACAAACAAAGGGGUCCGGAAGCAAUGCGUGCUACGAACGUGUUUUACUACCUUACGUACGAAGGUAGCGUAGAUUUGGACACGAUCGGUGAUCCAGUAACGCGGGAUGCGAUCGAGAAUCAGAUACGAAACUUUGGACAAACUCCCAGCCUGCUGCUGAUGGAGCCGCAUCCUCCACGGUCUUCUGCGAUGCAUCUCUCACCGAUGAUGUUCAACACGAUGCCGGAUGACGUGUGCAUGUCGCUGAAGUUCCAUCUCAAUUCGCCGAUCAUACACAUCUCGGCCAACACGUAUCCGCAGCUACCGUUACCAUCGGUUGUAACUGUUACCGCGGGCCAUCAGUUUGCGGUGAACCGCUGGAACUGUCAGUACACGGCCAGCAUUCAAAGUCCGAGCUAUGCCGAAUCGACGCAAAACAUGAACGCCAAUCUACCGCUUACGAUGGAUCCAUUGUUGUCUCAACUAAACGGACACAACAGCAGUAAUCAGCAGAACCGGCGCCAUCUCGGUGACAACUUUAGCCAAAAACUGCAGAUCAAGUCCAACUGUUACGUAACCACGGUGGACAGUCGGUUUUUGAUUGCGUGCGGCUUUUGGGACAACAGUUUCCGCGUGUUCUCCACCGAAACGGCCAAGAUUGUGCAGAUUAUCUUUGGACAUUUCGGCGUGGUAACGUGUCUGUCACGGUCCGAGUGUAACAUCACGUCCGAUUGCUACAUCGCGUCCGGUUCGGCUGACUGUACGAUACUGUUGUGGCACUGGAACGCACGCACACAGUCAAUCGUUGGGGAGGGUGAGAUACCAACGCCUCGUGCUACGCUCACAGGACAUGAAACAGCCGUGACAUCGGUGGUUAUCAGUGCCGAGCUUGGACUGGUUGUGUCUGGUUCGAUAAACGGACCGGUGCUGGUACAUACCACGUUCGGUGAUCUGUUGCGUUCGCUAGAAGCACCGAAAGAUUUCAUCUCGCCCGAAAACAUUACCCUGUCGCGCGAAGGUUUCAUCGUGGUGAACUACGACGAAGGCAGCGUCGCCGCAUACACCAUCAACGGAAAGCUGCUGCGCUACGAGUCGCACAACGAUAACCUUCAGUGCAUGCUGCUAUCGCGCGAUGGCGAAUAUUUAAUGACGGCUGGUAAUAAGGGCAUCGUAGAGGUGUGGCGAACGUUUAAUCUCGCACCAUUGUACGCGUUCCCAGCCUGCAACAGUGGCAUACGUUCGCUUGCUCUCACGCACGAUCAGAAAUAUUUGCUAGCUGGACUGGCAACCGGAUCGAUUAUCGUGUUUCACAUCGAUUUUAACCGCUGGCACCAUGAGUAUCAGCAGCGUUACUGAAGACCCAACCGACCG